AUGAUCCCCGACGAUGAGCAGAACAACUUCGACAUCUUCCUCGACUGCCUCUCAGCAACCAUAGUGGCGAGUCUGAGCCCGAGCAACAAAAAAGGUCAGCGGAAACGAGCAGUCAAAGGCCGCAAAAAUGAGAUCAAGGCCGUGAUUCAGGAUGCCACCGAGAAGCAGGAGAACGAUGCAGCAGAAUUGGGCGAGUUCGUCGAGUACCUAAGCACAGAACUCUUCCUCUCCCUCCCCCCCACCCUCCGCACCCUCUCCUACGCCCUCCUCCAAGAAUCCCCCGCCCUCGCAACAACCUACUCCACCCCCCUCUCCCCGGACACCCUCUCCACCAUCACCUCCUCCCUACCCCCAAGCACAACCGACUCCCUCUCCUCCUACUCCAUCAUCCCCUCCCCCUCCCACUUGGACAAAUUCCUCGAACCGAUGUUUACGUCCUACAUCAACGCCGCCUCCGCUCCGCCGCCGGAAUACACGCCCGCUCUCACCGCCUCCCGCCCCUCGGGCUGCGAGAUCUGCGGCCGCGAGCAUGUGCCGUUGACGUACCACCACCUGAUCCCCCGGCAAAUCCACGCGAAAGCCGUGAAGCGCGGGUGGCAUCAGGACUGGCAAUUGAAUAAGGUGGCCUGGCUCUGCCGUGCAUGCCACAGCUUCGUGCACAAAGUCGCGACGAACGAGGAGUUGGCGCGGGAGUACUAUGACGUCGAGUUGUUGAUGGGGAGGGAGGAUGUGCGGAAGUUCGCGCAGUGGGUGGGGAGGGUGCGGUGGAAGGCGCGGUGA